AUGCAUUUUAAAUCGUUGAAAUAUAAAUUCUAUUGCAAAGGAUACCAUUCCGCAGCACACAAGUCUGCUACAUCGUUCUUUGAUAGCUCAUACCAAUAUUUGAGACAGAAUCAAGGCCUUGUUAAUUUAGACUCGUCAAUACCGCCCCACAACAUACUUUCUGCUACCCCACAUCCAGUUGUAGGAGCCAACGUUAACUAUAACAAUGUCGAAAGAGCGUUACAGAAAAACGAUAGAGAAUUGCAACAAAUAGAACAAUAUGAUAUCGAGAAAGAUGAUGAGUUUUUCUCACAUCAUGAGCGUCGUUUGAGUAAUCAAAUGGGUACAGGUGUGAAUAUUAAUAAAGGCCAGAAACAAAGAUCUAAAUCGUUCACAUACGCAGCUAAUGAAAAAACGGAUCUAAUUAACGGAAAGCUCAGCACUAGAUACUAUUCAACAACAACGACAACAACUCAACCGCCACCAAAUCAGGGCCCAAAUGUAAGUCCAACACAGAUUCAGAGCGAAGCACUUGAUGUGGAUCCCUCGAAGCAUAAUCGCAAGGAAUUAGAAGAACAGGGAGGUCUUGAAGGGUUAUUGCAACGCUUGAAAGACACUAGACUAGAUGAUUCGAUUCCUGCAUGGGAACCAGAUUAUGAGGUAACCUUAAAUAAGGAUGCUUUCUUGGCUACCCAGUCAAAGCUAAUAGAUGAUUGCAUGAAGUCUCGUAACUACAACCAAGUAAACGCAAUUUACCAAUCCUUAAAAAGAAACGAAAUCGUUCCCCCACUACCGGUUUUCGAACAAGUCCUAACGUCUAUUUGUAAACGUGACAUGGAUCAAAACAACAUCGAUAAUAAAAUGUUCGAGUUACUCAAUUGCUAUCAAGAUAUCAUCCAAAACAAGUUAAAACCUUCAUUUGAGAUUUACCAUUUAGUGGUUGGAGCACUUCUAUCAGGGUCAAUAAAAGCUUUUAAACUUCAUAAUACGAAUGGGCUUGAUUUCUUCAAAAUAGCGAUAGACCUGUUUUUCGUUUCAAGCCUCAACCGUAACAAAUCGUUUGACUCUCAGUUUUUAAACGAUUUCCUACUAGCUGUCAAUUUGUAUCCAGGGCAUGUCAAAUUCAACUAUAUUAAGAACUUUAUCGAUUCGAAUGUUAAUUAUACUAAAGAUGAAGUUUACUAUAUCACCCUAUUUUCCUACGCAAAGAUGUUAAAUGAACAUGAAGCGGUCAAGGAUUUAUAUCAAGAUUUCAGGUCAGAGUUACUGAAGAACCCAAAAUUGGCAGAACAUCAAUACGAAGUUUAUGCUGUGAUCCUAGCGGCAUUUACCGAAACUGGCUCGUUAGGAAUUGCUACUAAACUUUUAGACAAGCUAUUAAUUGACCUUCAGAGCAAGAAUGGACACAACAAAAAUACAUACCUUGUCCUUUCCAACUUCCUAAUAUCUGUCGGAAAAAUAAAUUCUGAUAAAGCAUACUCUUUGUUGACUGAAUUCUCUAAAUUGAAGUGGGUUCCAGAAUUCUCUUAUGAGUUUUACUUAGUUAUGAUUGCAAACUCCCUAAACACUAACUGGCCUUUGGUGAAAAAAAUAUACAACUACAUCUUUGCAAUGGAAACCUCAUUCUCCUCCGAAAAGGACCCAAAUAUGAUAAAGAAUUUCCUGCUUUACCCUAGUGGCUUGGAAUCUAUGCCUAGCACAAUUUUGACUUAUGCAUUUAGGCAAAAAGACGAUGAAUUCAUUAUGAAAAUUCUUGAAGAGUCAGUAAUCAAAGAGUAUACCUUCCAGAAAGGUCUAUACCCUUACAUCUUUAAUUACUUCAAAGGAAUUAAAUGCCCAGAACCAUACCUAUUUCGUUUCAUUAGAUCCCACGGUGUAAAACUUCAUUCUAUCAAUAAGAAUUCCACUUUUGACUUUUUGAAUGCGAUUGUUGAGGAGUAUCAGUCACAACCAGUCUUGAAAAAGGUCACGGAGAUGCCAUUUUUCAAGUCUGCUUGCGAAUCUUUCAACUUGGAAAAUGCAGCUACGAUAAAUUUUGCAGGUCUUAUCGUGUGUUUCCAAACACUCUGGAAAACCCCACAACUAAUUCAGGAAUAUGCCUCCAAUCUCGAUCUACACGGAUUAAUUGUUUCGAGAUUGUAUGAUUUGGAUACCUACUAUCUCAAUAUUCAAAAUGAAAUGCUAUUGGAAUUCAAGAAGCAAAUGGCAGAAAAAUUCCAAAAACUUUGCAUCAAUUAUAAACGUAUGCAUUUGGAUGCUACCAAAGUAUCACCGAUUACAGUACAGGCAAUGAAAAUGGUUGAUAUGUCAGCUGAUACAUUGGAUUAUUUCCAACAUCCUGGAGACUGGGAUAAAUCUUAUCCAUUAAGUCUUGGUCCGCUUUUAAGGAAUUCGAGAACAGGGAUACAACAAUUUGAAAGGUUAUCAGACGAUGGCUAUCUAUUUGAUUAUGACACUUACUCACAGUUGAUAUUCUUAAAGUACAUUACCACUGAUAUUAUUACAAAUGCUAUCAGCCUCUGCCCUGAUAAGGCAACUUUGAAGUAUAUCUGUAAUACAAUGGUUGUAAAGUGUCCUAGAAACUCAUUGGAAGACUGCAUUGUGAAUCAUCCACUAUUUAGUGAAACUAUUGUCAAACAAUUGACCGAUAAAUCAUUGUCACGUCUAUCACUAUAUUCCACUGAUAUCAAAUCUCUUAUCAAGUCAAUUGACUUCCCUAAUAGGUUUAAGAGUAUAGCUUCACAAGCGGAGUAUAGCAAUACCAUCAGCUCGAUUUUCAAGACUCUUUUCAGGAAUAAAGAUUAUGAUGCAGUUCUAGACUUCAAUAAAACUGUCCCAUGUUUGGAUGUUUGCCUUGUCUUGAAAUCUCUCAUUCGCUUAGGAAAUUACAGUACAUAUUUGAGCGAGUUAAAGAAGUUUAAGAAUACACUUCCUCCAGGUAUGUUUCCUGUAAUUCAUUCCGAGUACUUAAUAAAUCGUGGAAACUUUGCCGAUGCAAUGUCGUUGUUGAAAUCGUCACCUGACAUUGUAAGCCAUCAAACCUACGAUAAGUAUUCAUUUGCUAUGUUCUUGCUCUCUUUCAAUGGUAAUCCACCUAGGAUUGACUUUGACAUUGAAAAUACACUGCAACUUGCAAAUGUGCUUACAUCUUUUAACUCAUUUUCCAACAUUAUAGAUUGUUACAAACGCGUUACCAAAUCAGGCUACUUUUCUCGGAAUUCUCAAAAUAACCAUAGCGUUCGGAAGGAAAUUUUACAACAAAUGUUAAACAAUAUUGAAGAUUCAAUGUCAUUUGUCGAUUUAGAAGACGCUUCUAUUCUCAGAAUUUAUGAAACAAAACUCCAAAAUUAUGUCAGAUUUAGGGUAAGUUUGCGCAUGAAUCUUUUUAAUAGCGAUGAAAUGCUACAGAUGAUUAAUAUUUGGAAAAAAAUCAAUCCUAUCUUAAUUGAUGAUCUUUUCAACGAUAUUGUCUCAUCGUUCUAUUUGAAUCAUGAGAUAAAGACCAUCACUUUCAUGAAGUCUGGCGUUUUAGAGUUGAAUAAGGAAACUUUACUUCAGCUAUUAGAUAGCAUUUCGAAUGUCUAUCAACAGGAGAACUUGGUGGAGCAUCAAACAAAAGUUCAACAGUUCAGGGAUAUUGUUCUUUCAUCCUUACCUUAA